AAGUAGGCUCACCUUAUGAAAAGUAAGGCACACUACAUUCCACAGUUUCUAACUAGGCAGGCAUACCGAAUAGUGGCCCUCUUAGCACAUGAUUUGCUUCAGGUACUCGUUCUUCAAUCGAAGCGGUUCCUACUGGAAAUUGCUCGGCCAAAGUACUCCACCAAUAUCCUUCAAUUGAAUCACCAACGACAACAACGAGCGUGCCGCGACCCCGGCCUCCCGCAACUAUCCCACACCAGAAUCCCAGUUCCUAGACUUAAAGCCUUUUCCCGCCAGAUCCCGCCAGUUCCGUCUCGUCGCUCUCUCGUCGCCUUCUCGUCGCUCUCUCGUCGGUUUCUUUCACCUCUUCGUCGCCUUCUCAUCGUCGUCGAACCGUAUCAACUCCCGUCCGCAGCGCGUGCCGGAUUCGCCCCUCCAGAUCGCCGUGCCGGCCGCGGCGGCGAUGUACUCGCAGCACCACGGCGGCGCGGCCGGCGGCAGCAGCAGCAGCAGCAGCAGGGGGGGCGGAGCGGGCGGAACGGGCGGAGGCGUGCUGGCGGGGUGGCGCAGCUGGUGGGUGACGCGGCGCUUCAAGGCGUCCGUGCUGGACCCCACGCUCGCUAUCUUCCGCGGUGGAGUGCCCCCCAAGCAGCUCGCCUUCUCCCUCGCUGCUGGCUUCACUGCUGGCCUCUUCCCUCUCUGUGGCCUCACGGCAGUGCUGUGCACGGCGGUGGCGUUUCUGCUCGGUGCGUCCGCGCAUGCCCCAUCCAUGAUGGCCGCUACGUUCCUCGCCACGCCCUUUGAACUUAGCCUCAUCAUCCCAUAUAUGCGCCUGGGCGAGUUGCUUUUCCGUGCGGACCGCCUGUCGGUCUCCCCAUCAGCGCUGGUGGGCGCGCUCACAGGGAAAUCGUCCUCCCGCCUGCUCCUCGGCCUCGUGCACGCGGUUGUGGCAUGGCUCAUCACAGCGCCAUUCCUCACGUGGAUUCUCUACCGCUUGCUACUGCCGCUCACCACGCGAAUCAAGAGGCGAACGGGGGGUGUGGGAAUUGGGUCGUCGUGGGAAGGUAGUGAUGGUGGAUCCAUUAGCAUUGACUCGGGAAGGGGGUACGGCGAAGCUAGUGCUUCUGGACGGAGGGAGUCGGGUGUAAUGAUGAGAAAGGCCUAGGUUGUUUCGUGAUGACGAUAAGAGUUUGUCUAGUAGGAACUAGAGGAACAAAUCGUCUUGAUUGUACAGCAGGCUUAGAGCCAGUGUACUUUGCACCUUUACCACAAUGUUUGUAAUACCGGUAUCUCAAGACAAGUG